UUGCACAUGCGUGAUCGGAUAGGGGGUGGGACGCCAUGGCGGACGAGGCGACACGCCGGGUCCUGAGUGGGAUCCCGCUGCUGCGGACCAACGCGGGCCCACGAGACGGCGAACGUUGGCGGGAGCGGCUGAAGGAGGAGUAUCAGGCUCUGAUUAAGUACGUGGAAAACAACAAGCAGGCCGACAACGACUGGUUCAGACUAGAGUCCAACAAAGAUGGGACAAGGUGGUUCGGCAAAUGUUGGUACAUCCACGAGCUGCUGAAGUACGAAUUCGACAUUGAGUUCGAUAUUCCCGUCACGUACCCCACGACGGCUCCUGAGAUCGCCGUCCCAGAGCUGGACGGCAAGACGGCCAAAAUGUACAGAGGGGGGAAGAUUUGUCUGACGGACCACUUCAAGCCACUGUGGGCGCGCAAUGUGCCGAAGUUCGGGCUGGGGCACCUGAUGGCCCUUGGGUUAGGACCGUGGCUGGCUGUGGAAAUUCCUGAUCUAAUUGCCAAAGGGCUCGUCCAGCACAAGACAGCAAUGGACAAGGCGUAGGGGGUGGGCCAGGAGAGAUCCUUGGAGGCGAGGUGACACGGUGCCUGGGCUGCUCUCCCCGGCAGAAUGAGUGCCUCUUCACUGUUCAUUGCCCUCUGUUCAAAUCGCUUGGAACUAUGGUCCAUUGUCCUCUCCUCGUCCUACUCGUGACCUGUCCAUCCAUCCCCCAACUCCGUCCUUUCAUUCCCUUCAUACUUAAGCUCCUCGGUUGUUCCCUCCUGGGUGGGGGCAACGGGACAGGUUGGCUUCCAUGCAGGGUGCAGAGGAUUGGCACACAGAUUAGGGAUAGAGAUUGGUUGGGUUGGGAGGCCUGAGGCCCAGCAGAUUAAACACGGUGGCUCAACAGGUCGAGCUGCUGCCCCAGGGCUCUGGAGAUCCCGGUUCGAUCCCGCCCUCUGCCGUUGUGUGUGUGUCUGUCUUUCUUUCUCCGUCUGGGUAACACACACUAAACGCUGGAGGAACUCAGCAAGUCAGGCAGUAACUAAGGGGCAAAAUGAACAAUUGAUGUUUCCAGGUGAGACUCUUCAUUGGGACUGGCAAAGGGGUGGGGGGAGAGGCUGAAACGUCAGCUGUUUAUUUCCCUCCGUAGAUCCUGCCUUACCUGCCGAGUUCCUCCAGCAUUCAGUGUAUAUUGUUCUGGCAUUCCUGCAUCUACAGAAUCUCGUGUCUCUACGUGUCUUUCUCCGUGUGCAGGCUCCACACACACACCUUCUCCCUACUACCUGUUUAUCCCUCCUACAUCCCAACUUCUGACUCGGUGGGUUAAUUGUUCCCACCCCCUCCACCCCCACCUUGUUCGUGAACGAGGGGGAGAGGCGGGUUUGAUGUUGGAUCAGUGUAAGGAAGUGGUUGGCGGCUGGGCGAAGACUCUGGGCCGAGAGGUCCGUUCCCCGUGAUAUCCUUCCUAAUUCUGCUCUCCCCCAACCCCUGUGUUAGAAGGUGCCCGAAUUGUAUAUGUUGGGAAGAGCAUGGAAUGCUCUGUCUCUGUGGCUCCUGUGUGGAUGAAGUAUACAGCCCAAUCCCAGCCUCUCUGCCUCAAUUCCACAUCAUUCCACCCAUCACUCGGGGUCACACCUCCCAAAAAAAAAACAGGUAACGCGGCCCUUCACUCUGGGGAGCCUCUACCUCCCACAUCCUUCAAAACUGCGGGCAUUCCUCUGAGCGUCAUCCCCCCUUUCAGGCAGUUUAAUUCCAGUGCUGCUCCUCUCCCGACCACACACAGACCCGUUCCCUUGCCUGGGGAUAACGGAGUCAGGAUUUUUGCUGGCCUGGAGGUUUAGCUCAGAAUUCUGACCUCUGUUGCGAGGACCAGCCUCUGUGCCGGGGGCAGGGGCUGGAGCCGUGGUCCAGGGUGAAAAAUGGUUUCGUAAGGGGUGGCACACCUGGUGUAGUAUGUGUAAUAAAGUUUGGCAGACUUUC